CUCGUCGCAUCGUUUUUCAAUCCAGAAUACCGUCAUCGUCGCCCGGACACUCGCGGCUAUUGGCCAAACGGGCAUGAAUGCAUGAUAUUUGCUUCAUUGGGCUCUUGUUUCUGCCCAACCGACCACAGACCAUGUCGCUCACGUCCGCCCCGUCACUGGCAGUCACCGCCCGCAACGACACACGACUUCCAAGGGAAAUCCAUGUACCUGUUGUCUCCAGCGUCCUCCUCCUGUCCUCGAGGAAACUGACCCUCCGCUCCUCCAGCGGCUGCCAGCGUUUCCCUCCGUCACUCGUGCACCCGACGCUCCUUUGGGCUGCAACUUGUCUGCAACUUGCCCUCUGGUCCACUGGAAUGUGCUUAUGGUCCGCCCAAUGAUGCCUGACAAAAGCCACAAGUCCUCAAUCCAGAACACACUCUGUCGUCCCUAUGGCGAGGACAGCAUGGCAAUCUCGAGGGGACGUCCUUGAAAGUUCAAGUAGGGGCCGAGUAGUGUAAGCCCGCCGUGCCG